GAACGGACCAUAGCUCACCAGCAAAACUCUGAGCAAGGAGGCAGCGUGGGCCGCGGCAGCACAGAGGUGCAGUGGUCAUACCUUUCCGUUGGAAGCAGCAGAAGCAGACACGCAGACACAGGCCGCGCCGUGGACUUGCUCAGAAACGAAAAGCACCGCAAAGACAAGCAGCACCAGCACCAGCACCAGCACGCAGCAGCACCCGGCACACCCAUCGACGGUCCCCCCCCCCCUCCUCGCACCUCCCACACCACACCGACCGCGAUUUUCUUGCUCGCACCGAAGCUCCCUCGCUCCCAUUCGCCCCCCUGUCCUCUUCUCCUGCCGUCACCGACGAACAACAACAAUCACUGUCAGCCUUCGAACUAA